AUGGCUGUCAACAACGAAAGCGACGAGGUACAGGCAGCAUUAGUCGAAUUUAUACGCAGCAUUGUAAUCGGUGUAAUGGAGGGCGUUUAUCUUCAUGAGAGCGACGACAUGCAGUCCCCAGAGCCAGAAGAAACCCCUUCUAUUACGGACGACGACAGUGAAUUGCCGAGUGGCGAUGCGCUGUCUCUGUCACAGUCUGAGCCUGCAGCUCAGACCCCCGAGACAGCACCACUCAUACUACAUACUGUCCAAGAGAUCGACGGGUUGACAAAAUCAUCAGUUCGUGAGGAAUCGCAGUCGGGAGGCGACGCACCGUCCUCGGAGUCGGGGACUGUCGACCCAAGUCCGACUUCCGAGGGCGGACCUCACGACGACGGAGUGAUGCCUGCAGCCGUAGAAGACAUAGUGAUGCCUACAGCCGUAGAAGACGCAGUGAUGCCUGCAGCCGUAGAAGACAUAGUGAUGCCUACAGCCGUAGAAGACGCAGUGAUGCCUGCAGCUGCAGAGGACGUAGUGAUGCCUGCAGCUGCAGAAGACGAGUCUGACGAAUUAUGUGCAGACAGUGAGGAACCGGCCAAGGAAAUAGCUGUGAUGGACAGUGAGCUAAUCGGCAAGGAGAGUCCCGCAGUAGAAGUCGAAAAACCCGUUUCUCCACGUAGAAAGUCGACGUGGAAAAGUGUGAAACGCGUUUUUCGCGUGUUGUUCUGCUGCGGCUGUAAAACCGCCCGGAGCUAA